CAAUAAUUCAAUCGAUGAUUUUGAUGAACUAAACAAUAAUCUUGCAAUAUUUCAUUUGUCAUUACAAUAAAUUUUUUAAGUAUACUGAUUGGCUAAAGGAUAGAGAAUUUCAGUGGACUUGAAAACUUCUCUAGCCUUGCAGCCAAUCAACACGAUUGGAAAACUUGUUAUACGACAAAUGAUACGUUGAAAAUUCGUCUUUAUCACACCUGCUAUUUACGAAUGGCGCCAAUUUCUAAGGUUAUCUUCAGGUUAUGCUCAGCGACAUCACGUUGAUAAUUAAGUAGAAAAUAAUCGUUAGCGGUGAAUGACACAACCGCAAAAGAAAGUGAAUUCGAUGACAUAUUAAUGUGAUUGGUACCGUGGACUAAAGAUAUUUCGGAAAUACGGGGCAGGAUGGAAUCCGACGACACAUAUCAAGACGAAAGUGACGCAAGAGACAGUGCAAAUCUUGCAAUGUCAAUCCCAAUAGUGAACAAACUUUUUGAUGUGCAUUAUAAAGUUGGGAAAGGUGCGUUUAGCACAGUUUACUUGGCUACUUUAAAGUCUUCAGAUGGACGCAAGAAGUUUGCAUUGAAACAAUUGAUUCCUACCUGCCAUCCCGACAGGAUUAGACGCGAAUUGCAAUACUUGCAAUUAUUAGGAGGAAAAGAUUACAUUGUUGGAUUGGAAUUAACUUUGAGGCACCGCAGUUCGGUAGUAUUUGUAAUGCCGUAUAUGAGGCACAAUAAAUUCUCAGAAUACAUUCAAGAUAUGAGCGUUGAGGAAACAAAGGAUUACAUGAGAGCACUGUUAACUGCUUUACGAAGAGUUCACAAAUUUCAUAUCAUACACAGAGAUGUAAAACCUAGCAAUUUUCUUUAUGAUCGUACAAAUAGAAGAUACUUAUUAGUGGAUUUUGGCCUUGCACAAGAAUGUCACGAGGAGAAACUGAAAAGUACGAGAAAAAUAAGCGACGAGAGCAUUGAAGUACAAAGCGGAACAAAACGGAAGAGAUUUAAUGAAAAUAACUUGAGUCUUCAACCUAAUUUUGCUGUUAAGAAAACUGUGAAUAAUAAAUGUCAUUGUUUUGGAAAACCUAAAGUAUGCCUAAUAUGUUUAAAUGAACCGCAACAAGUAGCAUCUCGUGCGGGCACGCCGGGGUUUCGUGCCCCAGAAGUUUUAUUGAAACAUGUUUUACAAACAUCAGCGAUUGAUAUCUGGGCUUGCGGUGUAAUAAUGUUAUGCAUACUCAGUGGUUCACAACCGUUUUUUCGCUCGCCUGACGACUGCACAGCUUUAGCAGAAAUUACGACAAUAUUUGGCUCUAAAGAAGUACAAAAAUGUGCACAAAAAUUAGGUAAAAAAGUUAUUUUUAGUGAAAAUUUGCCAAACAUGGAUAUUAUAUCUUUGUGCUUAAAAUUAAAGGAAAGAAACAAAAAAAAUACAAUAUACGAUACAAACAAUAGUAUACAUAAGGUACCACCAGAUAUCGAAUAUCCCAAGGAAGCAUAUCAUCUUUUGACAAAACUUCUAGAUUUAGAUUAUAAGACACGUAUUACUGCAGAUCAAGCAUUGGCUCAUCCCUUUUUAAAUUCGUGAUAUAUUAGAGCAUGCCUAUGUCAAUGUAUGUUUUAUAAUACAUGAAAGUAACAUUUUUGUAAUUGUUAUUUUGUUAAAAUUUCAACUUUAGUUCAUUAUGUUUGUUGUUUGUUUUAAAUUGUAGUUUACAAUACAUUUUCGUAUUAAAAUAAAUUGUUUAAGGGUUUCUUUAUAAGGAUUUUUUAAUAUUUUCUAAAAAACAAAAUUUCAAGAUUUAUUAAUAUAACAAAUAGUUGGAAAGUUUUGAUCUUGAAAAAUGAUCUCCUAAUAUAUUGUCAUCUUUUAUUUUAUAUAUAUAUGAUUUAUUUUUUAAAUAAAUUUAAAAUUUACUUUGUUUUUAGAGUUUUCUGAUAUAUAUUUAAUCUUUAUAAAAGAUUUGUAAAAAUUUUUGUGAUUGUUAAAUAGCAUAAUUGAUAUGUGAUAUUAAAAAAUAAAUAUAUUAU